AUGUAUUCAGAAAAACACACAUUGUCUGAACUGUGGAGUUUGUGCUUACGCCUGAAGCUGCACUUGCCUGGACAACAGAAGUGGCAUCUACUGUGCUCACAGGCAUGCCGGGAAGAUACUGAACCCGGCCAGGCUACCACUGGAAACAUUCAGCCACAAGAUGCUGCUGCUACAGCGCUGGCCAAAGAUGAUACAGAUGAAGCAAUGCAACAGCUGGAAGAGAUCCUCUGCUAUAUGCAACUCGCAGCAGGAGUUGCACAACCCCCCAUCAUCAAGCUCCUUAGCCGCUCGGCCCGAGAUGUCUCAAAGUGGAGGCAAACCGCAACUGACCAAAAUGCAACUCUACCAGCGUGGGAAGGGAAAGAAGUCAAGAAACCGACACAAGACCUACACGAAGAGCUCAGGCAACUGAGAGGAUCAGAAGGCAACACGAGUGGAGACCGAAUUCUGCGACAGAAAUGCAGUAGAAUCGCCAUUAAUUUGCCGUCAUAUUGUCAUAUUUACUUUCUGAUCCUCUAG